UGCUUUUUUUGUUUCAGUAUCAAGAUAAAGAAGAAGUUGUCUUAUGGAUGAAUACUGUUGGGCCCUACCAUAAUCGCCAAGAGACAUAUAAGUACUUUUCACUUCCAUUCUGCGUUGGGUCAAAAAAAAGUAUUAGUCAUUACCAUGAAACUCUGGGAGAAGCACUUCAAGGAGUUGAAUUGGAAUUUAGUGGUCUUGAUAUUAAAUUCAAAGAUGAUGUGAUGCCAGCCACUUAUUGUGAAAUUGACUUAGAUAAAGAAAAGAGAGAUGCGUUUGUGUAUGCUAUCAAAAAUCACUACUGGUACCAGAUGUACAUAGACGAUUUACCAAUAUGGGGUAUUGUUGGUGAAGCAGAUGAAAAUGGAGAGGAUUACUAUCUUUGGACCUACAAAAAACUUGAAAUAGGUUUUAAUGGAAAUCGAAUUGUCGAUGUUAAUCUAACUAGUGAAGGAAAGGUGAAAUUGGUUCCCAAUACUAAAAUCCAGAUGUCAUAUUCAGUAAAAUGGAAAAAGUCAGAUGUGAAAUUUGAAGAUCGAUUUGACAAAUAUCUCGAUCCAUCUUUUUUUCAACACAGGAUUCAUUGGUUUUCAAUUUUCAACUCCUUCAUGAUGGUUAUCUUCUUGGUGGGCUUAGUUUCAAUGAUUUUAAUGAGAACUUUAAGAAAAGAUUAUGCCCGGUACAGUAAAGAAGAAGAAAUGGAUGAUAUGGACAGAGACCUAGGGGAUGAGUAUGGAUGGAAGCAGGUGCAUGGAGAUGUAUUUAGACCAUCAAGUCACCCACUGAUAUUUUCCUCUCUCAUUGGUUCUGGAUGUCAGAUAUUUGCUGUGUCGCUCAUUGUUAUUAUUGUUGCAAUGAUAGAAGAUUUAUAUACAGAGAGGGGAUCAAUGCUCAGUACAGCCAUAUUUGUCUACGCUGCUACAUCUCCGGUGAAUGGUUAUUUUGGAGGAAGUCUGUAUGCUAGACAAGGAGGAAGGAGAUGGAUAAAGCAGAUGUUUAUCGGGGCUUUCCUUAUCCCAGCUAUGGUGUGUGGCACUGCCUUCUUCAUUAAUUUUAUAGCCAUUUAUUACCAUGCUUCAAGAGCCAUUCCUUUUGGAACAAUGGUGGCCGUUUGUUGCAUCUGUUUUUUUGUUAUUCUUCCUCUAAAUCUUGUUGGUACAAUACUUGGCCGAAAUCUGUCAGGUCAACCCAACUUUCCUUGUCGUGUCAAUGCUGUGCCUCGUCCCAUACCGGAGAAAAAAUGGUUCAUGGAGCCUGCAGUUAUUGUUUGCUUGGGAGGAAUUUUACCUUUUGGCUCAAUCUUUAUUGAAAUGUAUUUCAUCUUCACAUCUUUCUGGGCAUAUAAGAUCUAUUAUGUCUAUGGCUUCAUGAUGCUGGUGCUGGUCAUCCUGUGCAUUGUGACCGUCUGUGUGACCAUUGUGUGCACAUACUUUCUACUAAAUGCAGAGGAUUAUAGGUGGCAAUGGACAAGUUUUCUCUCUGCUGCAUCAACUGCAAUAUAUGUUUACAUGUAUUCCUUUUACUACUAUUUUUUCAAAACAAAGAUGUAUGGCUUAUUUCAAACAUCAUUUUACUUUGGAUAUAUGGCAGUAUUUAGCACAGCCUUGGGGAUAAUGUGUGGAGCAAUUGGUUACAUGGGAACAAGUGCCUUUGUCCGAAAAAUCUAUACUAAUGUGAAAAUUGACUAAAGACCCAAGAAAACCUGGAACUUUGGAUCAAUUUCUCUUUCGUAGGGGUGGAACUUGCACAACAAAAAAAGUGCAAGAAGAGAUUUGGGCUUUAACACUGGGUACUUGUGGGUCUGUCUUUAAUGGAUGGCUUAAAGUAACAUCUAUUUCCAUUGAUCCUAGGUUCUUAGUGACUGCUUUCUCCAACUGUUCACAGCAAAUGCUUGGAUUUUAUGCAGUAGGCAUUACUACAGUACAUGGCUAAUCUUCCCAAAAACUAGCUCAUUAAAGAUGAAAUAGACCAGCUCUCUUCAGUGAAGAGGACAAAGUUUAUUGAAAGCAUUUGUUCCAAUAAAAUAAAUAGAGGAAAACUUGGAUGCUAAAAUUACAUGAAUAGAAAUCUUCCUGGCACUUAGUGUUUCUACGUUAUUGAAAAAUGAUGUUCCAGAAAGAUUACUUUUUUCUCUUAUUUUUACUGCUAUCAUCAGCCUAUUGUGGGACAUUUUUAUAUAUUGAAUCUGGGUUCUUUUUUGACCUUUUUUUUUUUUUCAAUUCAACUGCAUCUUUUUUUUUUUUUUUUUUAAAGAGAAGUAAAAAUAUUAAAUCCUGCAUGUAAUAUAUCUGCUGUCAUCUUAGUUGGACCAACUUCCCAUUUAUUUAUCUUUAAACUCUCCUGUUACAUCUUAAUUCCAUCCAAAGAAGAUACAGUCUGAUGAUAGAGGUGUACUCUCUACAAUGCAAUUUACUGUACAGUUAGAAAGCAAAGUGUUAAAUGGAGAAGAUAUUUGUUUUUAUUAAACAUUUUGAGAUUUAGAUAAACUUCAUUUUAACUGAAUGUCUAAAGUGAUUAUCUUUUCUCCUCCCCACCCCCAAGUUAGUCUUACAUCUUUUUUGGGUUUGAAUGAAGGUUUUACAUAAGAAAUUAUUAAAAACAAGGGGGUGGGUAAUAAAUGUAUAUAACAUUAAAUAAUGUAACGUAGGUGUAGAUUCCCAAAUGCAUUUGGAUGUACAGAUUGACUUCAGAGUACUUUUUUCUGAUGAUGAUUGGUGUAGAAAUGUGUGAAUUUUGGAUGGCUUUUUACAUCUUGCCUACCACUGCAUGAAACAUUGGGGUUUCUUCAAAAUGUGUGUGUCUUUCUUUUGGGAGGGGGGAUUGUUUUCUUCUGUUACUUUUCUGAGACUCCUACAGGAGCUAAAUUUGUAAUUUAGAAACAUUUAAUUUUGUUAAUCCUGUCUGGGGCACUUAAAUAAUAACAUCUAAAGCAUUACUGCUUUAGAAUGUUAAAAUAAAAUUUCCUGACCAAAUUGUUUUGUGAAAAUAGAUGUGUUUGCAAUUUGAAGAUAUUGUUUCAAAAGACAAUAUUACUGAAUGCAAUUUUUAAAUAUACUGUAAACUAUGCUUUUCUAAUACAGGGGACCCACACUUUAAAAUCCCAAACUUGCUUACAUCUACAUUAUCCAGUACAGUCAUAAAGUGAAUGACAAGUCCUUUGAAUGAAAUUGUGGCACAAAAUCUGUUCAGGUUGGUGUGUACCCUGUGAAGUGGGGAUGGGGGUAAAAGGGGUUAGCUUACAAUUGGAUUAGCAAAUAAAGGUUACAGUUUCUAAGAGAAGUCAUUUUAAUUUUGAAUACAUCUUUCUGGAACUAUCCAUAAUGAGAAGUUUUCCUAGAACCAUUGAGUUUCUAGUUUAAUAGUUUGCUAUGCAAAUGACCAUCUAAAACAAUACUGUAUAUUGGUAUUUUUAGAAAGAUUCAAAACAGCUGUAUUUAAACCUUAUUGUGAAACUCAUGCCAUUAAUAGUCUCAUAAGAUGUUUUCAUUAUAAAAUGUUUCUAUAAAAUAAUAGACUCUGCAUCCUAUCAUGUGGUAUGUAGGGACUAUAAAGAGUGAAAAGUUUGUUUUCUUACCACAUAAGUGUGGCUGACAUUAGCAAACAAAGUUGAUCAGAAGCUGUAGGUAAAUCCUCUUCUUCAAGUCAGAAUGUUAUAUUAAAUAUAAUACACUGGUUCUUCCAUUUUCUCUUCCUUUUUACCUGCCUUUAAGAUCUUAUAAGAAAAGAAACUAGAAGUCAAUAUUUAAUGGCUUAUAUUAUGUAACUUUCUAACUACAUGUAAAGUACUUAUAACAGUAUACAGUCUGUCUGAUGGAGUGUAAAUUGGAGAGCAAGCUUUUGUCAUAAUAAAAUGAAAUUUGUUUCUUAUGAAUCUUGCAGGUAAGAUGUAGGGUUUUUAAAGAAUGAGGGUUUAACUGCUUUCAGGUACACCAGUUUUUCCUACUAAAUUGAGCUCUAUUUAAAUUUGGAAUCUUCAGUGAAAAAUAGUUUUCUAAUUUCCAAAUAACAUUCAGAGCUCCAUUAAAAUGAAUAUAAAUCACCUUGAAAAGUCAUUUAGAAAAUAUAGAUUGAUUUAUGGCUUCAUAGAGGGGCUGGGUAUGGUGUCUUGAAGAUGAUGUAGUUCACAAAUGGUUUAGCUCCCUAACUCUCAGUUGUAGAAUAGUAAAAUAAAAUAUUAUUUAAGUUACUUCAAGGGUGGGGUUUUUCCAUUCCAUUAAUGCUGUAUCUGGCUUUCAUUUGUUAGCAUUAUUUGCUCAACUUCCCAACUAAUGCUUUGAACAUUAUCAAAAACUAAGGAUAAACUUCCCUCGUAUCUAUAAGCAUGCUUCUCCUGAAAUUUAGCUACGUUAGUCAUUGGUAUUGUUAAAUAUGUAUAUCCUAGUACAGGAGUAGAAUAAGGUGGAAAUGUAAUGGCUGGAGGGAUGGUAAAGCAUUCUUUAGUAAAUUAUGUUAGGCUCCUAGAUUGUACUGGGUUUGCCCAUAAAUCAAGCCUCAUACUCUUAGAAUUCAUUAUUUUGUGGUGUUAUCUCAAUGGUGAAUGAUAUGGUGAAUAGUAUAUUCAUCUAGUGAAUGGUGUGGUUGGGCAUUUUCCAUUGAUAGUGGAUGGACUUCUUUUAAAGGUGGUUGCUGCAAAUUCAAGUUCUUCCGAAAACCACUUUAUGUAGGGUUUAUCCACAAAUUUUAUUCAUUUUGAUAAAGCUUUUUUGUUUCUUAAAUGUUUACUAACCACCAUAUGCCAAAUGUCUUGCAAAUGUUAUUUAAAAUUUUCCUGAAUUUUUACAAAUGUAAAAAAGUAAAAGCAUAUUAAUGUAAUUUGUUCAGGAAAAGCUACAUGCCGAAGGGCUUCUGUAUAUGAAGUCUAGGAAAGAAAAGCCUGUUUGUAAUCUGUACACUGUAGUUCCAUCUGGGUUUAAGUUUAGAUUUCAGCGUGUUUUAGUGCUUUAUUCUAUUGAUUUAUUAGAACACAAAUAGGAGUAGUGAUGUAUGAAAACACAGGAACUCAUUAAUGUUUUAUAUUGUCAUAAAAAUUCCAUAGUUACCAAGCUAUAUUUUAGCAAUCAAGAUGUUAAAGAGAUAAGAGAAAUGACAAUUUAUAAAGAUUCUUUGGAAGCGUAUGCAGAAAUAGACUAGAUUUAGAGGUAGGAUAGAUCAGAAAGUUAACAUUCAGCUGCUGAAAUUUUGUGAGGUUUAAAUUCAGUAUGAGGAAUAACUCUAAGUCUUGCCUGUGAGCAAGAUAUGUGCCCUUUCUAAAAGCCAUCUGACUUGACAUUGGAACCGUAGGCAAAAGUAUGCAAAGACAAAAGUAAAAAUUAGGUACUUAUUUCACUGUAUUAGGAAAUGGAAAUAAAGAACUAUUGUGAAAGCUGCCUAUGUUGAACUAUUUGGUGAACUAGGCUUGCUAAUAAUUGACUGAUAAAGCAGCAUUCUGUGUUUCUCCAAUUCUUAAGUUUAGGUCAUUUGAAAGUUUUAAAUGUUAUAAGAGCUUAAGGCAAGGAAGAAAUAAUAUGGAAUUCUGUUUGAAAGGCAACAGAGUAUACUUGGAAAAGCAGUCCAACAUGGGCUUUCAACUGUGUCAAACUUGACUAUGUAAAUUCUCACAGGGCAGAGACAAUUGGUGACAGAAUUGGAAGGAAACAGUUAUUGCUCUGUGAUUACUUCCAUUUUGUACACACCUUGGUUUGUAUCGGCCAUAUUCCAACUAGCUUUUUAGUUAAUAGAAAUCCAGUAUAUAAUGUAUCAAAUACAUCUGAGGUUCUAAUCUAGUCUUGUUAUUCUAACUGAAGUUGGAUUUUUAAAAAGUAAUAAAAAGUUAAAUGUA